AAUAUUUUAUUAGGUCGUGUUGUACUGUUACAAAUUCUUAUUCCAAGUAUUUAUUGAUUGCAUGGCGUCAUGGUGAAAUGGACAGAAGAGGAGCGCCGGAUCAUCAGAGGAGUUUGGGAAAAGGUUGAUAUUGAUGAGAUCGGCGAACAGCUUUGGGCAAGAGCUCUGAUUGUUUACCCAUGGAUCGAGCGAUAUUUCGGUGGUUUUGGGGACAUCUUCACCACUACUGCGAUUUUAAACAACCCCAAAUUGUCCGCCCUGGGAAAGGUCGUUUUGACGGCUGUUGACAACACUGUGAAGAACAUGGACAACUUUAAAGAAAUGUACGAUUCUCUAAGCAGGCUGCACUACGAGAAAAUCAAAGUGGAUCCGGACAACUUCAGACUGUUGGCAGAAUGCAUUACCAUCAUCAUCGCCUGUAAACUCAAAGCUGAGCUGAACCCUCAAGUCCAGGCAACCUGGCAGAAGUUCCUCUCUGCUGUGGUGGAGGCUAUGAGCAGUCAGUACAAAUAAAACAGAAUUAAUUGAGCAUGGAGGAAAAUAAACCAAUGAAUAAAACGUAUGUUCCUU